AUGAGGAACGCAUUAUCAUAUGUGUUUGAUGAUGAAAAUGUAUUAGAUGACAAAGCUCCAAAAGGUAAGUGUCUCAUGGAUCAAAUUUUUGAAUCUCAUACUAAUAUAUCGAAUGAUAACAUUGGCACUCUUGACACUAACAUUUCUCAAGCUGCUACAGACACUAAGUCUGACUGGGAGUCAACAUCAAUGUAUCAGAUUCCUGUUCAAUGUGAGAAAAUUCUUGGAGGCGAUAUAGAAGGUGUUGUCUCCUAA